CAAGGCGCCGGGCCUGAGCCUGGGAGUGUUGGGUCGGCGCCAUGGCCAGCCAGUCGCAGGGCAUCCAGCAGCUGCUGCAGGCCAAGAAGGUAUCGGAGGCCCGCAAGCGAAAGAAUCGGAGACUGAAGCAAGCCAAAGAAGAGGCCCAGGCAGAAAUCAAACAGUACCGCCUGCAGAGGGAGAAGGACUUCAAGGCCAAGGAAGCUGCGGCGUUGGGAUCACACGGCAGCUGCAGCACCAAAGUGGAGAAGGAGACCCAGGAGAAGAUAAUCACCCUGCAGAACUAUUUCCAGCAGAACAGGGAAGAGGUUCUGGAUAACCUCUUGACCUUCAUAUGCGACAUCAAGCCACAGAUCCAUGAAAAGUAUCGCAUCAAUGGCUAGGCAGAGAAGAAAGCCAGGCCUGUUCCGUGGCCGUCACAUGCGUUCACGGGACACGGUGCUAUAGUAGAGCUUGAGUCUAGCUGUAUGAAAAGGCAUUAAAUUAUUUAUAUGGUGUUAGGUCCCUUCACUUUUCUGAAAGAACAGUAAACCUCUUCACUUUGUAUAAACUUUUAGCUUUCCAAAGAUUUCAUCUUUUGACCUCAUUUUUCUUAGAAAUUUAGUAUACUUUCCUUUUCUGUACCUUUUAGCUCAAGCAACAUAUUAAUAUGUGUCUUAGUACUGGAUUUCUUAAAUAUAGUAAAAAAAUAUUUUUAAGAAAGAAAGGGAUUAAAUUUUUUUUCCCUAAAGCUUUCUUGAAGGUCAGGGGCUUUAUCAAUGAAAAAACAGUAAAUAGUUCUUUGUUGUUAACUGUGUAAAGCAGCAGCCAGACUUACACCAGCCUUCCCCAGCGCAAUGAAUUCUAGUAGCAUCGUCUGGCCUGCAUGUAGUAUCUCUUCAUCAGAAUUCCUAGAUGGUAGAAUUUAAGAACCCGUGACAUCUUAUUACGUGGUGUAUUGAUACUCGUUUAGAAGUAAAGAUUCUGUGUCAGGUAAAAAAAAAAAAAAGAAAA